CGCCGCGACCCUCGCCCAUCAUUCACAACCUGCUCCUCACCGCCAGGCACUGCGCAAGUGCUCCGCUCCUCCAGUUGUUAUCUACAUAAAUAGAGAUCAGUGUUUUGUUUUGCCGUCCGGACAUAAAUGGUGUAAGGUGCGCAUCAGCAUGGGCCUUCUAUGGCUAUGGCUGGCGGCAGCAUGUAUGGUAGCGGGGGCGAUCGGCGAGCGCGGGGGCGCGUCGCUCCGAAGCGCCCUGGAGGCCCUGCAGCGCCGGCAGCGGGGGCGCUCGCACGGACCGUUGGCGCCCCUGCCCGACUACGACGCCGUCUAUGAGUACUUGCCGCAAGCUCAGCCGUAUUCUGACCCUGAUUACAUAUCCGAAGUGGAAGAAGAUGAUGACAUACCGUCCCCUCCUAAGUAUAUAAUCAAGUAUUUGGAUGCCAACAUUCGACCUCCCGAAGCGUACACUGAAUACAAGAUCAUUAAGAAGAAAAUGGGGAGGUCAGAAUCAGCUAAGAAAGAGUCAGCGUUUCGUGAAAGGAGUCACCACUCGGACAACGACAGACUGAAAGAUUUAUUUAUGGAUAGAAACGAUAUUGAAGUGCCCAAAGAACCAGAAGAGGGAGCUGAAAACGAUGCUGAAUACGCGAUGCUGCUCAGCCAACUGUGGUCUAAGUACAGGAGCAACAAUCGUAACAAACGAGCAGAAUCGUCUCCUCAAGGAGUGGUCAAACUGUACAACGAAAAAGUAGUCAAGAAACGUUAUCCAGAUAACUGGGGACCGAUCGCUUUUAAGCGUAAACGAAGUUCAGGUCCAGAUCCAGUAGAUCAUCCUAUCUUGAAAGAAUAUCCAGGAGGCAGGAAGCCGCAUGGCGACGGAAUGCCAGUUGAUCCUAAUUACAAUGCAUAUGAUUUAACAGAACAAGAUAAGGAUGAUAUACGUGAAGAAUAUGCCAUCGCAUUUCAGCCGUUAGAAGACGACACUCCCUCACCGUUUAAUGACAAUGAUCUGUAUGCGUUCGACAACGAGGUGAUUGAGAAACGUUUUCCAGUUACCAAACGUAGCAGCGGGUCUUAUGAAUAUGGCUUGAAAUAUGAAAAGAAACGAUCUGCACAGGAUCAUAACAAACGGGAAACAUCAAAAUCAUUCCGCAGCAGCUCCGGCACUGAUCCGAGAAUAAUUAAAGACCUUUCUAAGAUAUUUGGUGAAGUUGAUUCGGAUGAUUUGAUUAAAGCUCCGGUUAAACGUAGCAGCGAUCAAGGGCAACCUGAAACGUAUAAACCACCACAGGUGACGGUGUUGAGCCACAACGAGACGCACCCGCACGACCACGCGCACGACAUGAACGCCACCGUGUACGACGUGGAGAGCCACGAGCAGCACGGCCACCUGCACCACCCCGGCAUGCUGGCCAAGGACGCCGACCACGCGCACCCUCCCGAACAUCACGACCAUGCAGCGGACGCAGAAAAACCUAUAAAUGUGAAAAAGAAGUCCAUCGAUUGGUCAGACUAUUUCGGAAUAGACAAACGUAAAAAUAAAGCGUUCGUAAACGAUUACGCACAGGAAAAACUGAAGAAACAAUACUUUAAUACAUUUAACAAAGAAGUCAUAUAUCCGUUGAAUUCCUUUCGCCAGCACAGCAAGGUCAAAAGGAACUUCGUUGAAGCCAGGCCCAAUGAAGAAACAGAAUUUCAGGUUGACAGUGCUCACGCCGUUGAAGUAAAGUCGGAAGAAAAACGCGAUACUUCCGAUGAUGAUAAUACCAAAAUAGACAACAUCGAUAAGAAACUGAAAAAUAUGGAGGGUAUGAUCGUGGAUGAUGCUCUUCACUACUCGUAUAUCGGGGAAGAACUUGACUCAAAAGAGGAGCAGGAGAUGAAAGAGAAGCUGCUGUCCAAACUAGCAGCUGCUUACAGCCUGGAAAAAAUGAGGAAAGCUUUGAAAGAGUUCAAGCAAAGUUUACAGAUACAGAAAACUGAUGCUCACGUUGAAUCUUCGCCAACGCCAACUGAUGAAGCCAAGGCAAAACGAGUUGCUGUUAAGAAAGAAAAGGCGAACCUAGAUCUAGAAAAUGACAUCCGUCACCAUCAGAGCCAGAACGAGGAUUUCGAAGAGGAACAGGGGGCGGGACACUACUUGAAUGGCAAAAUGGACAAGCAGCUGUUUGAGGGGUACAUGGGAGGCAGUGGCAGAUACCGUAUCCCAGAAUUACCCCCAGCUGUAGCAUCCGGAACCUGCCCCGUGCUCACGAAGAUUGUUCAACGUUGCCGCGAAGUUGACCUGCUCGCCGGAGACCGCGGACAGCUGUUCUUGCCCCUCUGCAGCCUUCAUCAGAUUUGCUACCUUUGUGGAGAGGCACCGCCAACAACUUGCGACCUGGUAUUCCUGUCGGAGGCGGACACGGCGUGCGAGGGCGACAUGGGGUGCCAGCGCGCGGCGCGGGCGGCGCUGAUGACCCUCAGGGAGCUCCACGACAGCCUGUCCGACGAGCUCGACGGCGAGUGCGAGGCCAGCCCCUGCCUCUCCGCCACCCUCAAGAUGAACCUCAACUGGCAACGCGCCAUCCAACGAUUAUAUUUUCAUACGAUGGAGCGAGAUCAAUACCCCAAAGAAGGCAUCGACAAUCCAGGAGCAACUGAAGAUGACGGAUCUAAUCUGAGACCGGAUUUAGUCAUAAGCGUCCAACCGCAAGCUCUUUAUGGGGCGUCCCGCGCCCAGCUGCCGGUGUCCACGGUGGACUGGCAGUCCGUGCCGCGCGGACAGUUCAUCCCGGUCAGCGGACUCGACUUCCUCAUCGGGGUCAACAGCCUGCUCAUCAAACAGACCGUCGAGAUCAAUGAAAUGACUUCAAAAAUCGAAUCAGAAAACCGCUACGUGGUGAAGAUCCCUCAGGGCGAGUCUCUCUACAUAGCCAGCGAGGUCUCCACAGCGACGCAGCGCUGCCUGUGCGGCGCCGGGCGGGCGUUCACUAUGCACCUGCAUGAUAAUACGAGGCAGGAAGCGCUACAACUGCAGCGCCGGCUCGCUGCCGCGUCUUGCUGCUUCCCAUGCCGGCUUCAGGAGAUGCUGGUGAUCACGCCGCCCGGCGACUACGUGGGGCGCGUCCAGCAGCAGUGCUCGUGGCUGGCGCCGGCGUACCUGGUGAAGGACGCCACUGACCAGGUCCUGUACGUGGUGGAGGGGCCCGCGCAGUUCCAGCGGAGCGCACUGGUGCAGUCCGAGUUUAAGAUAAUGUCCCCAGACGGUCUCCGGGUAGCGGGCCGCAUCGUGCACGGCUGGGACCGCGAGCUGGUGUCGUUCACCACCACCCUGCACGUGCCCGCCUCCGCCAGCCAGCCGCGGCAUAAGGCGCUGCUGCUGGCUGCUACUUUCCUUAUGGAAUAUACUCACUUCGAGAGAGCAAAGAGCACCUGUAUGAGAUGUAACUGUUUUUGAAGAAAACGGCAUUGGCAAUCUUUCAGCUAUGACUUACAAAACUUAUAUCCUUGCCAAACUGUAAAAUUAGGUGUAUAGUUUGGAUUUUCAUCAGUGAUCGUCCUUAAAAGUACUUACCUACAUAUUAACUAGGGGCAACUUUCUAUAAAAUAUACAUACUUUUUUAUACUUACUCUUAAAAAUCAA